AUGUACGAUGCUCCUAUACAAGGAAGCAUUCUGGCCGAUGAUCUUAACGGUCUGAUUCCAUGUAGGAUUAGCGAUGCUGCAUCCACGUUAUACAUGAACUACACGCAACCUGAAGUUCACGUGAAGCUCAAGGACCAAAGUUAUUACGGCAUCCCUCGCUCGAACCCAAUCAUCUGA